CGAAGACACUUUAGUCCCAUUAAAGCUGCGGUCGUACGCGGCUCGCGCUCGUUUUACUUGCCGAAAGAAGACACGUGAACCGUGACCACGUGGAUCUGUGCGUGACACACACGAGUGUAACCUCCACGGUGGCUCGAAGAAAGUGUUGAGUUGUUUCUUUGCUGGUGAGGAGUCUCGGAGGAUUUUCUUUUCUCAAGUCAUCGCCGUGGACACGAGAACAACCGUCAACCUGGAGCCCACGUGUCAAAAGCGACGGAAAUGUGAGGCCGACGGAAAGGAGGCGAAGGCGGAGCUGACACAACGCAAUAUGUUCCCUAGCGCUCAAAUUAAAAUGAGAUUGCUGUCGCCAAGCAGUUCGCCGGCCACGUCGCCCACAAUGUCGAAUUCCUCGUCGCCGACGCCGCCGACGCCGGCUGCACCAGCUUACAACCAGAAGAUGACCGGAAUACCCUGCGUUGCCGCCGCUUCCAGAUACACGGCACCAGUACACAUCGACGUAGGUGGCACGAUAUACACGUCCUCGCUCGAAACUCUCACCAAGUAUCCUGAGUCAAGAUUAGCAAAGUUGUUCAACGGCAGCAUCCCCAUUGUAUUAGAUUCUCUGAAGCAGCACUACUUCAUCGACAGGGAUGGUGGCAUGUUCAGACACAUCCUAAAUUUCAUGAGAAACUCUCGUCUAUUAAUACCAGACAACUUCGCCGAUCUGGAUCUGCUGUUAGAAGAAGCGCGAUACUUCGACAUUGCGCCUAUGUGCAGGCAGCUGGAGCAAAUGAAAAAAGAGCGCAUAAAAAACGGUUCCACGACAACGAUGACGAUGUGUUCCUCGUCCCCGAGCCCUCCGCCAACUAAUCAACUAGGGAACCGCGGCACAGGAUGUACAACGAUGCCGUGCAACCGUGACUCUGACAAAAUCCGCGCCAACGAAGGGAAUUGUAACUACGAGUGCGUCGCUCUUCACGUCAGUCCAGAUCUAGGUGAACGGGUUAUGCUGUCCGGUGGUCGAGCAUUGUUGGACGAAGUGUUUCCGGAAACAACCCAAGCGGUGAUUGAUGCUCGAUCUGGCGUUGCAUGGCACCAACAGGACACUCGUCACGUUAUCAGAUUCCCGUUAAACGGCUACUGCAAGCUGAACUCCGUACAGGCGAUCACCAGGCUCCUGAACGCAGGAUUCCGCGUGGUAGCCAGCAAUGGAGGCGGCGUGGAAGGACAACAAUUCUCGGAGUAUCUAUUCGUUCGACAGGCCAUCAACACUUGACGGAACACCGCUCAUCAGCGGAAGACUAGCUCGAGGACGAUCCGUUGCAUACAACGUGACCAUGAUCCCGAGUAAAAUUGUCCAGGAGAACAACUUCAAGACUGCAUCACGAACGAUGACGAUCCGAUUGUUUUGGCGGACGGAGCACCGUCGUGCGCGUGUUGUCGCGUGGAGAUAAGAUAUUAUAACUGUAGGUUGAUUCUUUGUUCAAGAGAAUACGAUGGCUGGUUGAUGAUGGGACAGUUUGCUUUUUCUCAUGACAUAGCCGGUAUCCGAUGCUCUUUGGAUCAUUGAUUUUUUUAAUAUCUUUUAAUCCACCAAGGGCCAACAGUGAUAAUGCAAUAUCUCAUUUGCGAUCUUUUCAAUUUGUCGAAUUCUAAGUGUUUUAAUAUUAUGGUUAUGAAAAGGAAUUAAAAGUCCAAUUUUGCAAUUUUAUAGAAUUUAAAACCGACGAAGUAUUUCUAAUAUUACGACGAAUUGUUGUUUAGUCCUCAAUGGGUUAUUGAUUCUAAAAGUUAAACAAGCUGUAUAGCCAUAAAAUUUCAUUUCUUCUUGCAAUUCUUAAAUUGUGAGAUACAUCGCGUUUCAUGAGAUUUUUUUAUUAAUAGAUCACUGCUGUGCGGUAUAUUUGUUGUUUAAAAAUGAUUGAUAUUGAAAAUAAUUUGAUCUCAGCAUUAAAUGAUUUAUUGCUGAAAUAGAAAAAUUUAAAUUUUUAUCCAAAUUUUCAACUACAGUUACAGAAAUGAAUGAUUGCACCUUCGAUUGAUCGCAUAUUUUGCUGCGAAUUAAUGAAAUCGCUAGAUAAUUUUGUUUCACGAGGAAAAUGUAUUCUUCGAAAUUUGUAAUAAAGUCAAAAUUAAUUCCUGUUAAAUUUGAUCCGAUAAUACUGAACGUUUGACGAAUCGAGUGCCUUGAGUUACGCGUCUUUACGUUACAGAUGUUCGACUGCGCAUAACGUUACGAAAUUACCUGCCGGUGCGACCUACAAUUCGCGAUUACAAGAAUAACCGUUAAAAUCGUUUUAAUUCUUUAUGAAAAUCAGGCUGAGAAAUAUAAUCUUCGCGGUUUUGUGUCGUCGAACGGUAUCAACACGCACGCUCGUGACCCACUUAUGCAUAUAAGUACGUCGGGUGCGCCGCUUCUUACUUUGCUUUUAUUUAAUAAGGUGUACCUAUAUGUAUUUAAAUGCCAUACUAAUUAUUGUAAAUACCGCGAAUAAACGUGUAUCUAUAUCGAUAUAUAUAUAUAUAUAUAAAUAUUCUAUGUACUUAUAUAAAUAUAUAUAAAUAUAAAAAUAUAAAUUGCCGAUACCGAAAUAUUCAACAACGAAACUCGCGUUGAUCUCAUUCUCGGCUCAAGUUGUAUUUCUAAUUAAAUAAAUUAGACAGAAGCGAGCUUCAAACGCGAAAGAAACAAACAAAUAGAAUUAACAAAAGGUUUCUUUUAA